AUGGUGAUGUCGGCUCGAAAAGUGGUCAUGUACAAUGCGUGGGCAAAUAAAGCAGAUGAAGCGGAGACAAUUACUUGUGGUCAUGGUACCCACGUCGCAGGCCUUUUGGCUGGUAGUUCAUUUAGCGGUAAAAAUGCUGAUUUGGGGAUCGCGAACAAGGCACGUAUAGCAUUUAUGGACAUUGGGAUGCAAAGUGAGACGUGUGCGGGUGAGUUAAACUGCGCUGUAUCGUUGGCCACACCUGCCGAUGCCAGUGAUCUGCUGGUAAGUCAAAUUGAUGCAGGCGCUAAGAUUUUCUCGUUUUCAUGGGGCAAUAGUGGCGAGUCGUCCAUCACUGGUCAGCGCACCAUAUCGUCACCAUCUGGCGCUAAAAAUGUAAUAUCAGUCGGGGCAUCACUCAACUCAGCGGCAUCUUUCAUGGACUACGCAUGCCCCGAUAUUAUGAACGAGCACACGGUAGCAUCAUUUUCAUCUGCCGGGCCUACAACAGACGGGAGAAUGAAACCUGAUGUCGUAGCACCUGGGAUGAGUCUUAUAUCAAGUCAAUCGGAGGCCCCAGGAACAAUGAGAGAAAGCUCGGCAACGUGUUCACUCCAGGGCACGUCACAGGCGACACCAGUGGUAACUGGUGUUGCUGUGCUUCUGUAUGAGUGGCUUUGCGAUGGGUGGUGGAAGGACGGACGCAAAAAUGCUGCAUAUGCUCUGAGUACGAUUCCUGCUUCUUUGCUUAAGGCGUUACUUAUUCACAGUGGAGAUUCUUUGCAUAAGCGGAUGGGUGCGUUACCCACAAGCGGUUUUGUGUCAUGUACAAGCUUGAGCGUCAACAAUAGUGGCAAUGGCAGCCGCAAUGGACCACCGUCAUUGUAUUUCUUGCCAAACUCGACAGAAAAUAGCGAGCCAGCAGUCGCACACGGAGGUGAAAUAGUGAUUUCGUUUACGGUAGCUCGCGGUGUGGAUUUGCGAGCGACUCUCGUGUGGACUGAUCCGCCAGGGUCAGUUCAGGCGACGUCGCAAUUGCAGCACGAUCUGGACUUGGUUGUUCGCGUGCGCAAUGGCACUGAAAUGUUUGGUCCACUGACAGCUGACCCAAACACUGGAAGGGAUUCGCUGAAUAACGUUGAGAUGGUGCAGGUUUCUUACGCCGAUCUUCUCGCUGCUGCCACUGACAGCAACACAAGUAGCAGUGGCAGUGAAAAUGGAACAAAUAGCUUAGCACUUGGAAACAAUGGAGAGAUAGUGGUUGAAGCUGUUGUUUACGGCCGAAGUGUGCUGCUGGCGGACUAUCAGAAGUUUGCGUUCGUAGCGUCUUCCAGCGUCAUUGGAUCCACGUCGGGAAUAGCGGCUACAAAUGAUAGCAAGUCUUUCUGGUCUACUUGGGCGCUCGCUAUUAUCGUGGGCUGUGUGAUUGUGCUGCUAAUAGUUAUUGCUUGGGCCACGCGCUGGUUAUGUGGUCGGAACAAACGAGGAGCCAGCUCAAGGCAGCGACUGUCAGGAGGAAGCCGAUGCCCAUACUGUCCGUAUACAACUUGCGAUGCUGUAGCGUUGGUUGCUCAUGUGCAAAGUGAUCACGUUGUUAAUGCGCCUGACCGGAUUGCAGUGUUAGGUGGACGAAGGAUGUUUGGCUUGGAACCGGCAAUGGCAGUGGUGACAUUGACAUCCCUGCAUGCUGCAGAUAUACCGGUUUUUUUGCCGUCGUUCUGUGCGCGUGUUGAUGAUCCAAGAAAAAUAAUCUGUGUCCCUGCUGUUUGGUUGAGGGAAUCAGGAUUUCAACGCAGAUGCGAACGAGCUAAUGGUUGGCCAAGAAAGUCUAUUAGGUUCAUCCUGAGCAUUGUUCCCCUCAAUCUUGAUUUUGGCGGCGAUGGAGUCAUCGCGCAAUGUGCUUUCAAAAAUCUCCGGUGA